UAUAUAAAGCAGGACAACGACGGAAGGAGGACGGCUGGGGAGUCGCAGCCCGGGAUUGUAAAUAAGACCGUUAAAACUGUGUUUUAUUUACAAAAGUAAUGCCGGCUGUUUUAAGAUAUCGUUCCCAGUUGUUUUAAUUCGUUUUUCGUAAUUUUUGGCUCUAUUUCUCGCAUAUUUCCGUGUGGUUUUUACACUACGCGUAUAAUGGCGAGCUCGGCUAACUCGAACCCAGUGCCUAAACUAUAUAAGUCUGUGAUUGAGGAUGUGAUCAACGAGGUGAGAGAGCUGUUCCUGGACGAGGGAGUGGAUGAGCAAGUGCUUCUGGAGCUGAAAACGCUAUGGGAAAACAAACUGUUGCAGUCCAAGGCAGUGGAGGGCUUCCACACCGAGGAGCAGGCCGCCCUGCAGGCCGUGCAGCAGCAGCAGCAGGUGCAGCAGCAGAUUCAGCAGGUCCAACAAGUCCAGCAGGUGACGCAGCCCACCCAGGCCCAGCAAGUCAUCCUGCCCCCUCAGCAGCAGCAAGCUCCCCAGCAGCAAGUCAUUGUUCAGGAUUCCAAGAUUCUGCAGCACAUGAGUGCGACAGGGAUGAGUGCAGCAGCUACCGCAGCCACCCUGGCUCUGCCCACAGGGGUCACCCCGUACCAACAGCUCAUCACCAGCCAAGGUCAGAUCCUGCAGGUGGUCCGUGCUCCCAAUGGGGCUCAGUACAUCAUCCAGCAGCCCCAGCAGCAGAUCCUCCUGCAGCAGCAGAUGCAGCCUGGCGGCGUGCAGUCACCGGUCAUACAGCAGGUCCUGGCUCCUCUGCAGGGAGGCAUCCCCCAGCAAACAGGAGUCAUCAUCCAGCCGCAGCAGAUCGUCUUAGCUUCAGGAAACAAAGUCCAAGGCAACCAACAGGUGAUGCAGGCAGCAGCGAUGGCGCAGCAGCCCGGUCAGGCGGCAGCAGCUCAGGUCCAGCAGCUGCAGCAGGCCCAGGGUGCAGCUGCACCACAGGUCGCAGUACAGCCGCAGGCCCAGCAGCAAGCUCAGCCCCAGCAGCCUCCCAUGAUGCUGCAGGUGGACGGCACCGGAGACACCUCCUCAGAAGAGGACGAGGAUGAGGAGGAGGAGUAUGAUGAAGAUGAGGAGGAGGAGAAGGACAAGGAAGCGGGAGAGGACGGGCAGGUGGAAGAGGAGCCACUGAACAGUGGUGAUGAUGUGAGUGAUGAGGAGGACCAGGAGCUGUUUGAUACAGAGAAUGUAGUGGUGUGUCAGUAUGACAAGAUUCACAGAAGUAAGAACAAAUGGAAAUUCCACUUGAAGGAUGGGAUCAUGAAUCUGAAUGGGAGAGACUAUGUCUUCUCCAAAGCCAUUGGGGAUGCCGAAUGGUGAAGUAGAAGAAGGGGGGGAAAAAAACAGACAAAGCAACAGGAGCAGGAACUCUGUAACUCCUUCUAUCCAGUUAACAGAUACUUCAAUAUCCUUCCAUAUCCUGUGACGGGAUUCGUUUCAGGAAACUUCUGAGUCUUUGAGAACUCUGACAAACCCAAAGGACUGUGAGGUACCGUAAAAACCUGGGUGUCUUGAAAAACACUCGACUAGCCUUGCGGGAUGAGAAACCUGCAGGGGAAGGUUAAGCCUGCGAACAGAACGUUCUUUAUCUUUUUUUUGCUUCUUUCAGGCGUCUCUACGUUUUUUUUUUUCUCCCUGAGAGAAUACACAUACUUUGGAAAGGAGCAUUUCACAUCGUACAGGUGUAGUGGACCAGAGUGACCUGCCCCGCCACAGGAGGGUCAGAGGUCAUUAAUUAUAACCCCGUAGAUGAGAAACACCUUCAUGAUGCACUGUAGUCGGUUGACUGGAUUGACUCGUGUCUACAAUUAAGUCCAAACUUGGUGCCACCAGUUCAAGAUGGUUGCCUUUAGAACGGCCAAUAAUCAACUUUUGGCUACUAAAUUCUGUUCUUGGAUCGUAAUUCUGUCUCAAUUCGUGUUUAUGGAAAUUGUGCUCCAGUAGUUAACCUGUUAUUGUUUUAAACAGUUUUUUGUUUUUUUUAAAUGUGUUUGCUGAAAGGGUUAAGACAAAGAAGGAAACAUUACAUUAAUUCGAAAAUAGUUGAUGAUUAUUUUUUAACUAAUCAGUGCUCAAUCCAAAAAUAAUCGGCUUCUUUGGAGCUUCAUUCCAUCUUUAUCCAAAAACUUCACACAAAAAAAGGAAGAAUAGAUCCAACACUGAAUUCAGUUAAGAAUUGUACAAAAAAUGUCUGAAAGUUUAUCCUGUUAGUGCAGCUUCUUCGCUCUUAUUUUAGUUCCCUGCAGCCAUCUGAAAAUUUGCACUGUUUAUCAAUGUGUUGUCAAAUCAGUCAGUCAACUAUGUGUGUGUGUGUCUGUGUGUGUCUGUGUGUGUGUGUGUGUGUGUCUGGAAAUGUAUUUUGUUUUUCUCGCACACCCAUAAUCUCAAAAUGUCUCAGUUUAAACAUUAAAAUAGGGUAUUUAAUUGUUUUCCUUUUUUUUUUGGAGGACAAUUAUUCAAUUUUUAUUUAUUCCUGAAAGUUCAUGAAAUGUUCUAUUUUUUUGAAAGGUUGGAAAGCCGCACCAAACUGUGCUCUUAUAAUCUAAAAAGUGUUCCUUUUUGUUCUGUUGGUUGGACAAAGCUACAUAACGCUGCGUUCCAAAUCAUUUCGUCCAUGUGUUCUCUUGUGCUUUCAUUUUAUUCACGACUUUUAAACGAGAAUAUUUUCUAUCUAAGUGAGUUUAACUCGGGGGGCCCGUGUGUUUCUCUGCAGUUUGUUUUUAGUGCCCCUGUUGCAGCAAAUUGAAAUAAAGUAUGUGAUUUUUGACUGUUGUGUCGAGUUGGUUGAUGGUUGGCUCUAAUAGAGAGUGUUUUUAAAGAAACCCAAUUAAUACCAAGGAGUCACUGAUAAGGUAACCAGUGUAGAAUCAAGAAGUGAAGUUUUCCUACAUUGUCCCAUACAUGAUCUAAUGGGAAUAAAAUCUAUUUUCUAUUUCAUGGUUUUUUUCCCCCCCUAAAAAUAUCAAUUUUGCUUUAUGUACACAAAAAUCAAAGUGGCCAUAAAAGAAGCUGUCAUUUUUAAAUAGACAGUUAAUGGCCCAUCACCAUCAUCGUAUCACAAAUAUAAAUGUGCCAACAGAAAGGUUUCCAACACAUUGCAAGUAGAACACUGAGGCUGGGCUUUCAGGACAUUCAGUAGCGCCGUGGUUUUUAGUCACUAUCAAAAAGACUAAUCUGCUCAUAGUUGCUUAAUUAUUUAAUGUUCUAUCGUUGGAUGUUGCGUGUGCCUUUUUGAAUUUUAUGUCAGUUUUCCGAUGCUAACAAAUGAUAGAUGAGCUUAUGAAAAGGAUGUCCAUUAAAAAUGUAUUCUCUG